UUCCAAAUAAAUUCGUUUAAGUCACUCUUCUGCGCACGCACGCAAUGUAUAUAACAGCUAUCCUAACAUAAAUCUCUUGUUAUGGACGACUAUGUCUUUCUCGAAUUCCAGCAAGUUCCACCAACGAUCAAACUUUGUAUAUUCUAACAGAGUCCCUGUGAGAGUGAUAGUUCACUUUGUGACAACAAAGAAGUCUGUGUCCCAAACUAUAGAGAUGGCACCGUACGAUGCAUUUGUGAAGAUGGUUAUCCAGGGAAACCUUGCGGUAAGUUGAUUGACAGUUCUUCACUAAGUCGCUUCAGAUUAGUCAUUAUACUUGUAAUUGUUUAACCCAACAGAACCCAAAAGCUGCUCCCAGCUCCUUCGUGAUGGUUUCACAUCUAGUGGUGUGUACACCAUCAAUCCAGAUGGCGGCAAACCGAUACAAGUGUUGUGUGACAUGACCACGGACGGUGGAGGUUGGACAGUUUUUCAGAGACGUUUGGACGGCUCUGUUGACUUCUAUCUUGGUUGGAAAUCCUACAAAAACGGAUUUGGAGAUCUGAACGGCGAAUUCUGGCUUGGAAAUGAGAAUCUUCAUCGUUUGACUGCCGUUGGCAAUAUCACUAUGCGGGUUGACUUGGAAGACUUUGAAGGAGACAUCAGAUACGCUGAGUACACUACUUUUAAGGUGGCAGACCAGGCAGAUAAGUACCGGCUUUUGAUUGAAGGAUACAGUGGCACGGCUGGUGACGCCAUGUUUUGUUAUAGUGAUAUGCAGUUCUCCACGAAAGAUAAUGAUAAUGACACAGGAGGUGGCAAUUGUUCCAAACAGUUUAAAGGAGCUUGGUGGUACAGUAGCUCUCACAAGGCCAAUCUGAAUGGUUUAUAUCUUAAUGGAUCACAUCUUUCUUAUGCCGAUGGAGUCAACUGGGGCCCCUUUAGAGGAUAUAAGUAUUCUCUGAAACGCACUGAGAUGAAGAUAAAGCCAAAGUAUUUGUAGUGAUGCCUUGGCGAAUUCUUCUUCCAAUGCCUUGAGACAAAAAGACAUUUCAGAAUUUUUAGAAUGUUCACAAAGUACCCCCGUCCCC